AUGGUGUCACUCACCGCUGGGCAACCGCAGGGUGCUGCAUCGGAUCAGUUUUUCGAUGCAGACAUUGCAGAGGAGACUAGUCCUCAGCAGUACACGCAAAGGCUUGGCACAGCCGAUUCUGCAUCAUUACGGGAAGGAGGCUUUAGCCAAGCUGUGCAAGAUGCAGCAGAAAAUGGCGAUUUGGCCUGCCUUCAGCAGGUGCUUCAGCAGCACGGUGCAGCGAUGCUUAGCCAGCGAGAUGUGGACGGUAGCACCCCUGCUCACCUCGCAGCCAAGCGUGGGCAUGUAGAGUGCCUGCAGUUCUUGCUGCAGUGCAGCGUAGAGCUGGCAUCUACGGAUGACAGUGGCCACACACCUCUGCACCUGGCUUCACAGGAAGGCGAGCAAGAAGCUGUGGAGCUGCUCCUGCAGUGGGGUGCGCCUGGAGACACCACUGGCACUGCCAAACAGCGGACGCCCUUGCACCUCGCGGCCUCGAAUGGCCACCUGGAGGUUUGCAGUGUCCUCUUGCUUCAGAAAGCCAAUGUGAACUUGCAGGAUGCGGAUGGUGAGAGCCCAUUGCACAAGGCAGCGCGCUUUGGCGAUCGGGAGCUGUGUGAGCUGAUUCUAAGUUGGGGUGCAAGCGUCACCCUGGCUGACAACGAUGGGUGGUGUCCCCUCCACGAGGCAGCCAGGUGGGGAGAUGGGGAGCUGGUGGAGAGCCUGCUGCAGCGGGGGGCGGACCCCGCAGCUCGCUCCAACGAUGGGGAGAGUGCCCUGCAUGUGGUGCCUGGAGGCUAUGCCGAAUUGGAGGUUGUGCAAGUCCUUCUGAUGUGGAAGGGCGAUGUGAACAACCGGGACUAUGAUGGCGAGACACCGCUCCACUUGGCAGUGAAACUCGGGGAUGCUGAGCUUGCCGGGCUUCUGUUGCAGAGUGGCGCAGAUGCAAAUGCCACUAACACCGCAGGUGCCACACCACUGGACUUCGCCAAGAAGGAUGAAAUCCGCUGGUUGCUGCGCUCCCACAAGGGUCGCAAAGGCACUGGAGCCCUCUGA